ACUGUACAUCCCCCCUAUAUACAUUCUCCAUGAUCAUACAAUCGAUCACCCUUUCCUUCCUCCGCCAUUUUCUCUUUCCUAUCUUCAACACCUUCAAUACCCACUACUCCUUAGUGCCUCAAUACAAAGGACUACUUCGUUCCAAGCAUUUUGGUAUUAUUAUUAUUUUUAAUUGAAAUUAUGUUGGUAUUUGACUCUUGCAUUUUCAGCAGAAUGCCUCAAUCAUAGGAGGGUCGGUGGUAUUUUUUAAUGUUUUUAUAAUUAUUUUUGAGAAUUCCGAGGUAAGUCAUGGCAAUGCAAGACAAGGUGAAAUGUGUUGGGACAGAAGAUGUGUUCUUUGAUACUGUGGAUCACAUGUCAGCUGAACAUGAUUCUUUUGUUAAUGAGGUAUUUGGGUAUGAAUUCUGGAGGAUUAAUGAACCAACAAGGAGUAUUAAAGAAAGGCGCCACACUUUCUUACGCGAAAUGGGUUUUAUUCAGCCAUGCUCUUUAUCUGAAACCGAAGCUGCUGCUGCUGAUGAUAAUUAUGAGGAAACCAGUGAGACUGUUUCGAGUUCAUGUUCUUCCUCGACUAUUGAUUGUGAAGAAGAUAAUGAAUCUGAUGAUGAUCAUCCAAUUAGGCCAAGCCUGUCUGUUUAUGAAGAUGAAGAGGUAUCAACCUCCAAGAGUAACAAAUCCAUAAACAAGAAAAUCAGGCAUUGGUGGAAGGAUAAUGUGAUGAAGAAGAAGAAAAGAGGAAGUAGUAUUGAGAAGCCUGGAAAAUUAGAGACGAGUAGAACAAAAGUACAAGUGAAUAAAAAGAAGUUUAAGGAACUCAGCGCGUUGUUUGAAGCACAGGAAAUUCAAGCUCAUAAAGGCAUUAUUUGGACUAUGAAAUUCAGUCCUGAUGGUCAGUAUCUUGCAACUGGUGGAGAAGAUGGAGUUGUUCGUGUUUGGCUCGUUAACACUGUCGAUUCAUUCCUUGAGAGGUUUCCAGAGGAAAUACCAGUUGUUAUUCCUGAUGAAAUGUUUAAAAUCCAAGAGUUGCCGGUACAAGAAUUUCAUGGUCAUACAGCGGAUGUCUUAGACCUUUCUUGGUCCAAUUCUAAUUAUCUUCUUUCAUCAUCUAUGGAUAAAACAGUUCGCUUGUGGCAACUCGGAUCUGAUACAUGUCUCACUACUUUCCAUCAUACUGAUUAUGUAACAUGUGUUCAGUUCAAUCCAAUAGACAAUCGUUACUUCAUAAGUGGUUCAAUCGAUGGGAAAGUUCGUAUAUGGGGAGUAUCAAAGGAGCGAGUUCUCGACUGGGUCGAUAUCAGAGAAGCAGUCACAGCUGUAUGUUACCAGCCUGAUGGACAAGCUUUCGUCGUAGGAUCUCUUAGUGGCAACUGUCGGUUCUAUGAGACAAAAGGGAAGUUAUUCGAGCUCAGUGCACAUAUUUCACUUCAUAGCAGCAAAAGAUCAUCCACUAAUAGGAUUACAGGAAUACAGUUCUCCUCAAAGGACUCUCAGAGAGUUAUCGUCUCAUCAGAAGAUUCAAAAACCCGUAUACUAGACAAGAUGGAUGUUGUCUGUAAAUUCCGAGGUUUACCAAAGUCAGGAAGUCAAAUGUCAGCUUCAAUUACAUCAAAUGAGAAACACAUAAUAUCAAUUGGACAAGAUUCACGCGUAUAUGUGUGGAAUAAUGAGAAGCCAGUUGAAUCAUUAUCGAGCCAUACAAAGUCUAUUCGAUCUUGUGAGCAUUUUCAUUCAGAAGGUGCGUCUGUAGCAGUACCUUGGUGUGGUACUACAACACUGCCAAAGGUUUCAAGUAUCAACCAUGAAGCAGCUGGGUGUAUAGCUCAGUCUCCCCCUAAAAUGUCCCUUAUUAGUAACAUGUUCUCGUCUAAGAGCUCUGCAAUAUGGCCAGAAGACAUGCUUCCUGUCUUCACUGAACCAGAGGACCCUUCUCAAGGGCGUUACAACUUGGAUCAUUUUCCGACAUGGGGGCUUGUGGUUGUCACAGCUAAUUCUAAUGGAACGAUCAGGACGUUCCACAACUACGGUCUCCCAACUAGAGUUUAGAGAUUUAAUAGCUAGGUGGCUAGGCAACCAUCCAAAAUCAUACCAAGUAGUUUAUUAUGUGUAUCCUUGUGUAUAGAGUGUACAUUUUAUUAUUUUGCAAAUAUGGUAUAGUGGUUCACUGGUUUAGGAGUGACCAUAUCUCUUGGUUCUUCAUUAGUUCUUCAGAAUGGAGGGGUUGUAUAUUUGGUUUCUCUGCUGUUUGUUUAUGUAAUUAUUCAUUUGCAUUGGUUCCCUGCA